AUGGCCGGCCUGAACUGCGGGGCCACACUCCCACUGCUGGGGAUCCUGCUGCUGGGAGCCGCGCGCCUGUCGGUCGGAGCGGGUUUUGAGAUUGGUCUGCCCCACGGAAGUGGCAUAACAGUCUUGAUAAAGCUUGGGACCCCGCUUCUGCCUGGGAAGCCCUGUUACAUCUUUAAUGGGAAAUUUUCAACCACAUUGCUCAUCAAACCUGGAGAAACAAAGCGCUUUUCCUUCAGCUGCCUGAGUCCAGAGAACUACUUUGUCGUUGAGAUCCAGAAGAACAUAGACUGCAUGUCAGGCCCGUGCUUUUUUGGGGAGGUCCAGCUGCAGCCCCCAACAUCGGUGUUGCCCCCCCUCAACCGGACGUUCACCUGGGACGUCCAGGCUCACAAGAGAAUUGGCCUGGAGCUGCAGUUCUCCCUGCCGCGCCUGCAGCAGAUCGAGCCAGGGGACAGCUGCCCAGACGGAGUCACUCACACCAUCAGUGGCCGCGUUGACUCCACCACGGUCAAGAUUGGAACCUUCUGCAGCAAUGGCACUGUGUCCCGGAUCAAGAUGCUAGAGGGCGUUCAAAUAGCCUUACACCUGCCGUGGUUCCACGACAGAAACGUUUCUGGCUUCAGCAUCGCAAACCGGUCAUCCAUAAAACGACUGUGCAUCAUCGAAUCUGUGUUUGACAGUGAAGGCUCAGCAACCCUGAUGUCUGCCAACUACCCGAAUGGCUUCCCUGAGGAUGAGCUUAUGACAUGGCAGUUCAUCAUUCCCCCGCCCCUGCGGGCGAGCGUCUCUUUCCUCCACUUCAAUGUCUCCAACUGUGAGAGGAAGGAGGAGCGGGUUGAGUACUACAUCCCGGGCUCCACCACCAACCCCGAGGUGUUCAAGCUGGCAGACAAGCAGCCCGGGAACAUGGCCGGGAGUUUCAACCUCUCUCUUCAGGGCUGUGACCAAGACGCCCAAAAUCCAGGGAUCCUCCGGCUCAAGUUUCAAGUUUUGGUCCAAUAUCCACAAAAUGAAAGCAAUAGGACCUACGUGGUUGACUUGAGUAACGAGAGGGCCAUGUCCCUCACCAUCGAGCCGAGACCCAGCAAGCAGAGCCGCAGGUUUGUGCCUGGCUGCUUUGUGUGUCUGGAGUCUCGGACUUGCAGCUCCAACCUCACCCUGACAGCUGGCUUCCAACACAAGAUCUCCUUCCUCUGCAAUGACCUGACACGCCUGUGGAUGAACGCCGAGAAAACCCUAAGCUGCAUGGACCACCGGUACUGCCUCAGGAGGUCCUACCCCCUCCAGGUGCCAAGGGACAUCCUCCAGCUGCCUGUGCAGCUCCAUGACUUCUCCUGGAAGCUGCUGGUGCCCAAGGACCGGCUCAGCCUGGCACUGGUGCCAGCCCAGAAGCUGCAGCAGCACACGCAGGAGCGGAUCUGCAACACCAGCUUCAGCUACCUGGUGGCCGGCACUGGUCCCGGCCCCGGCCCCGGCCAGGACCUCUACUUUGGUUCCUUCUGCUCUGGAGGCGCCAUCCAGCAGAUCCAGGUGAAACAGAACAUUUCGGUGACCCUGCGCACCUUUGCCCCCAGCUUCCAACAAGAUGUCUCCAAGCAGGGCCUGACUGUGUCCUUCAUACCCUACUUCAAAGAGGAAGGCGUUUUCACAGUGACCCCGGAUACGAAAAGCAAGGUCUACAUGAGGACCCCUAACUGGGAGCGGGGCCUGCCAUCCCUCGCCUCGGUGUCCUGGAACAUCAGCGUGCCCAGCGACCAGGUGGCCAUCCUGACCUUCUUGAAGGAACGGACCGGCCUGGUCUGCCAGACGGGACGCGCGUUCCUGAUUGUCCAGGAACAGCAGUCGGCGACCGAGGAGAUCUUCAGCCUGGAGGAGGUGCUGCCCAAGGCGACCCCCCACCACCACAGCUUCUGGGUCAACAUCUCCAACUGCAGCCCUGUGAGCGGCAAGCAGCUGGACCUGCUCUUCCAGGUGUCACUUACCCCGAGAACUGUAGACCUGACUGUCAUCCUCAUCGCCGUGGUGGGAGGCGGCGCCUUGCUGCUGUUUGUCCUCGGACUCAUCAUUUGCUUUGUGAAAAAGAAGAAAAAGAAGAAGAACAAGGGCCCGGCCGUAGGUAUCUACAAUGGAAACAUCAACACCCAGAUGCCGAUGCAGCCGCAGAAGUUUCCGAAGGUGCAGAAGGACAUGGACUCCCACGUGUAUGCAGUCAUCGAAGACACCAUGGUGUACGGGCAUCUGCUGCAGGAUUCCAACGGGUCCUUCGUCCAGCCCGAGGUGGACACCUAUCGGCCCUUCGAGGGCCACGUGGGGGACUGCCCUCCCUCCCCGCCCCCCACAUGCUCCAGGGUCCCGACUGUAAAGCUGACCCCUGAGGAGCCAUCCCCUGGCUUCAGUCCAGAGUCCGAGAGCGAACCGUACACCUUCUCCCACCCCAGCAAGGGGAACGGAAGCAAUGGGAACACAGACAUUCCCUUGCUGGACGCCCACGAUCCAGAGGGGACGGAGGAAUAA